AUGCUAUAUUCUAGAUCAUGGAUUAAAGAGGAUCUAUUACAAAUAUUCAAAAGAGCUUAAACAUGUCGAAGAACUAAGUCGUAUGCACCAAUUAAACUAUAGAUCAAUUAAGUGUAGGGGAAAAAAUUGCAAGGAUAUUUGAAAUAAAGGUUGAUUAUUAAGAUGAAUUAAAUUGCACAAUUUAAGGAUGAGUUAUUAACACAUGUUGAAUUAAGAAUUAAUUCAGAUGAUAUUUAUGAAAAAUUAUUCGCCCAUUAAGCAAUUAAUCUAGAAAAAAAAGUAAAAAUAAAAUAGUAGACUUCAAACACUUCAAUGAGAUUUUUAGAAUAAAAUGGCAAAGUGAAUUUUACAAUAAUGUCACAUCUCUUCUUUUUUGUUUAAUUAAUGUUUUCUGGAUUUAUUUUAUUAAUUAAGUACGCUUUUAGAGAAACAGCACCUUGGUAAUAUAUUCAUAACAAUUUGAGAAUUAAAUCUAUAAUUGAAUAAAUUUGA